AUGGAAUCUGAGUUUGUAGCAUUGGCUGCUGUUGAUAUCCAGGAUUAUCAUACCAUUUCUCUAACAUUUUUUAACUCGGUCGCUGAGUUGGCUCGUGGGUCGACUCGGAUAACAGUGGAGCCUGUAUGGGAUCGAGAGAAGUUGUUGGCUCCCAGAGAUCCGCCUCGAGUGGAUUCACCUUUGAUAAAAGAGUUUCUGAGUUUGGACAAAGAAUUUUCACCGUAUAAAGAGAAUGUUGGUCGUGUUGUACGAGAAUGUUUUCACGUGAGGGAUGAGUGCUUAGAGAAUUUCAAAAGAUCAUUGUUUGAUCAAUGUGGAUUCAAAUUCACCACUUUUGAAGCUCUUGGUGCUUACAUUUGGAGAUCCAAGGUAAGGGCUUCAGGAGUGGAGGACAAUGAGAAGGUUAAAUUUGCAUACUCAAUUAAUAUAAGAAGAUUAGUAAAGCCAGCACUACCUAAUGGAUAUUGGGGAAAUGGUUGUGUUCCAAUGUAUGUUCAAUUGAGGGCCAAAGAUUUGAUAGAGAGGCCCAUUUGGGAAACAGCAGAGCUGAUAAGAAAGAGUAAAAGCAAUGUUUCUGAUGAGUAUGUUCGUUCAUUUAUUGAUUAUCAAGAGCUGCAUUUCGGUGAUGGGAUCACGGCGGGGAAAUGGGUGAGUGGGUUCACUGAUUGGAGACACUUGGGUCAUUCUACUGUUGAUUUCGGGUGA